GCAUCGAUACAUCGCUAUAUUGCGUGCCGGCGAUAGCUCUCAUCUCUAAAUCGUCAGCUGUUUUACCAAUUUUGUUAUGAAAUUUGUUUGGUUCCCUAUCGAAAAUGCUGCGUUUGCUGACAAAAACAAGGGUGCUGCGGCAACUGGUGCCAGCUACAGGCGGUACUCCAACUGCAACCCGCUGCUAUGUGAAGAAUCAAGGAGCAGGCAGCCAAAGAGACGACGACAUGGUCAGCAAUGAGCCCAUUAAGUUUUUCGGUAGCCAGGCGGCCACCUGGCGCGCCAAGGACACACGCAGUGGCGGAAGUGACGAGACCCUGUGGUACCAACCAUACGUAAUCUCCGCCAGCCUGGCCGUCUUCCUCCUGUACUUUUGUGCACUGCGCGAGGAGAGCGACAUAGAUCUGCGGUUGGAGGGCAACUUGUACGAUCAUGUCAGUGGUCUGGAGGAGGUGCAGCUGACUGUCAACUAUAAGUACAAUAAGGAACACGGACUGGACACCAAAGAGCAGGAGCGGCGGCUCAGGGAACUGGGCAUUGAUCUGGGCCAGUUGGACGCCAAGUUGGCCGCCCAGUAGUCAUAGAGUUGGGUUGUUGUACGUUUUUGUUUCGUUAAGUGAAAUUAAACAUUUUUAAUAACUGAAAAA